UAAAUUAUCGAUCAUUUAUUGUGAUCACCCGCUUACUGUUAUUAAGUCUCACAACCGCGCGCAAUGUUAAUUAAGUGACGUAUAAACAGAUUUCUUGAUUGCACUUUGCGCGCGCGCACUGUUUUAAUCUGCUUUAGUGGAUGUUUAUAUCCUCACGUGAACAUGACAACCAAUGUUUCCCAAAAAAACGAUCAUGAACGUGAAAUUUUUGCGCGUGAAGACAACGAUAUUCCCCACGGAAACUUAGAAAAGAUUUCACAGUUGAAAGUUGAAGUUGAUGCACUUUCUCAGGAAAAUGGCGAACUGUUUAUACUGCUGCAAAACGAGCGACGAAGAUCGAAAGAACUAGAGGACAAGCUCGGUAGCCUGCCCGAGAAGUCCUUGGAACAAGAAAUGAUCAGCUGCGAAUCCAAUACUGAAACGUGUGAAAAUUUCUUACAAAAUGCUGUCUUAACGAUGAAGGAAAAAUUGGAUUCCAAACAAAAUGAGUGCGAGGAUCUCGAGGAUAAGCUCUGUGUGAUGAAUCAAGAGUUGGCUUCACAAGGUGAAGAACUUGCUCGGGCAACUUUGGAAUUUCAACACCAAAUUAAUCAUCUUCACGAGUUGCUCGCCCAGGAGAGAGAUCUCAAUACAACUCUGAGUGAAGAGAGUGAUCAAACUGUACGUGAAUUGGAGACAAAAAUUCAACAAAAAGAAGAAAUGAACACAGAACUUAAGUUCAUCCAAGAAGAAACAUCAGAACAGAUACAAACAAUUGAACAAAAAUGCCGUUUUUAUCAAACCAAACUUUUUGAUGCUGAAAAACGUUUGACUAGCAUCGCUAAGGAGCACGAACAACUUGCUUCUAAAGAGGCGAAUAGCAUUGCGUGUCAAGUCAGUGAAAAAGAACUGCACGCAUUGGAUAAACGUGAGCGCGAAAAACGCGAGAAUAAUACGCUGUAUAAAUUUUUCCCAGAUCUUUGGGACCAAGGCGACUUUAAGAUGAAUGGACUUAGAAGUGCAACAACAUAUAAAAUAGGGAUUUUUUAUAUGAUUCGAGAUGGUUUUAAAAAGCUAGGGAGAGAGUCUAGUGAAUGA